AUGAGUGAGAAAAGAGUUCUUCAAAUAAACAAGGACCUUUUCCAUUCUAGGGCAACGAAACUUUAUGAGCAUUGGGAUAAUGAAGAAUCACUACGUGACAUCAAUGCAUUUGUUUUUCUAAUGGGAUCAGAUGAUGACAGCAUCAGUUAUUCAAAAACAUUGUCUUUACAUGCUUGGUUGUAUAGUUGUACAAUAGUGGACACAAUAAUUAUUCUUACAAAAAAGCAAAUAUAUUUUCUUGGAAGUUCUAAGAAAGCAAAAUAUUUUCAACCUGUUGAAAGUGAAGAAUUUCAUGGAAAAGUACCACCUUUUAAAACAAUGGUUAGGGAUAAGAGUGAUAAGGACAAAGCAAAUAUGACUACUUUAGUUGGUGUUUUAAAAGAAACUGGGAAAAAUUAUGGAUUCUUCAGUAAGGAUCGUUAUAUUACUGAUUUUGCUAAAGCAUGGACUGAGAUGACAUUAACCAGUGAUAUUCAUCAAUGUUUUACGGAUGUAUCCAUACCAUUUGCAAAGUUAUUUGCUGUAAAGGAUGAAAAAGAGAUUACGUAUAUGAAAAAUUCUGCACAGGCGACAGUUAACGCAUGGACACAUUUAAAACAACGUAUUGUAACUAUUAUAGACCAGGACAGAAAGGUCAAACAUAGCAAAUUGGCUGAUGAAAUGGGAAAUGAUUUUUCAUCUGUUGUUGUUCAAGGUGGUCUUAUUGACAAGGGUGUUAUGGAUGUUUGUUAUACACCAAUCAUUCAGUCUGGUGGUAAAUAUGUACUAAAGUAUUCAGCUGAAUCAGAUGAUAAACCUUUGCACUUUGGAACUAUAAUUUCUUCUUUUGGAAUGCAUUUUAAUUCUUAUUGUUCUAAUAUUACAAGAACACUUAUGGUUGAUCCACCAAAAGAUUUGGAGAAUGCUUAUGAAACUCUUCUUAGUGCUCAAAUGGCUGUCAUAAAUGCCUUAAAACCUGGAGUCAGAGUUUGUGAUGCCUAUAAAGCUGGAAUUGAAUGCGUUAGAGAAGCUAAUCCUAAACUUUUAGACAAUCUUUUCAAAGCCAAUUUUGGUUUCAUGAUUGGUAUUGAAUUCAGAGAACCAGCUUAUCUUAUUAACGAAAAAUGUACAGAAAUUGUAAAAGCAAAUAUGACUUUUACUGUAGCAUUGGGCUUUCAAAAUAUUAAAAAUCCUCGAGCUAAAGAUGAGGGUUCAAAAAUUAUUUCCCUUAUGGUUGGUGAUACAAUUCUUGUUUCCGAUGAAGGAUCAAAUGAAAUUCUUACCGAAAAAGCAAAAUCUCGUACUAAAGCUAUUUGUAUUAGGUACAAUGAAGAUCCAAAAAGUGGUAAAGAAGAAAAUAAAGAAAAUAGUGAAGCUUCAUAUGGAAGAGGUAAGCGUUCUGUACUUUUAACAGAACAAACAAGAAAUAAAACAACAAAUGAAGAAAAAAGAAAGAAUAAACAAAAAGAAUUAAUGGUUCGGCUUAAUGAAGAAGCUAGAGAUAGAAUGACAGGAAAGUCAAAAGAUAUAAAUACUGUAAAGGAAAAGAAAUCAAAUGUUUCAUAUAAAAAAUAUUCAAGAUUUCCUCAGACAGAUGAAGUUAAAGAACGUCUAAUAUAUGUUGACAAGGAAAAUUUAUCUGUUAUAUUACCAAUUUUUGGAUAUCCAGUUCCAUUCCAUAUUUCUGUAAUUAAAAACUGUUCUCAAUCCGUUGAAGGAGAUUACACUUAUUUACGUAUUAAUUUUUCUCACCCAGGAUCUCAAGUUGGACAGAAAGAUAAUUCUACCUCUGUUAAUCCAUUGUUAUCAUACAUAAAAGAACUUACUUUUAGAACAUCAAAUAUAAGAGAACCUGGUGAAUUAAAUACUCCGAGUCAUAAUCUCGAACAGUCCUACAGAUUUAUUAAAGAAAUGCAAAAGAAAUUUAAAACAAAGGAGGCUGAAGAACGAGAAGCAGAAGGAACAGUUAAACAAGAUAAAUUAAUAAUUUCAAAUUCUAAAAAUAACCCUAGACUAAAAGAUCUUUUUGUCAGACCAUCAAUUGUUGCUAAAAAAGUGUCAGGUUCAUUAGAAGCGCAUGUCAAUGGCUUCCGUUACACCUCAUUAAAGGGUGACAAAAUUGAUGUUCUUUAUAAUAACAUUAAGCAUUCCAUUUUCCAACCAUGUGACAAUGAAAUGAUAAUAUUGAUUCAUUUUAAUUUAAAAAAUCCUGUAUUGUGGGGAAAAAAGAAAUACAGUGAUAUUCAAUUUUAUACUGAAGUAGGUGAAUUAACUACAGAUUUAGGGAAAUUUCAUCAUAUGCAAGAGAAGGAUGAUAUUAAGGCAGAACAAAUGGAAAGGGAAAUGAGAAAAAGACUUAACCAAGCUUUUCAAAACUUUUGUGAUAAAGUUACAAAACAAACUAAUGAUCAAAUUGAUUUUGAUAUACCUUAUCAAACAUUGGGAUUUUAUGGUGUACCAUAUAGGAGUUCAGUUUUUCUCAAACCAACAUCUUCAUGCCUUGUUAGUUUAACUGAAUGGCCAACACUUGUUAUAACAUUAUCAGAAGUUGAAUUAGUUCAUUUUGAAAGAGUUUCUUUCCAAUUAAAGAAUUUUGAUAUGGUAUUUGUUUUCAAGGAUUAUACAAAGCCUGUGCAAUUUGUACAACAAAUUCCUACUCAUCAAUUAGAUAGUGUAAAAGAGUGGCUUCAUUCAUGUGACAUUAGAUAUACAGAAGGUAUACAAUCACUUAAAUGGUCAAAAAUUAUGAAAACUAUUAUUGAUGAUCCAGAAACUUUCUUUGAAGAUGGAGGUUGGAACUUCUUAUGUGAUGACAGUGGUGAUGAAGCUGCUGAUGCUGGAAGUGAUUCUGAUGAAAGUGUCUUCUCUUUAUCUGAAGGUGGAGAAAGCGAUGAGAGUGGUGAAGAUGAAGAAUACGAUAGUGGUGAAGUAACUGAAGACUCUGAAUCCGAAGCUUCUCUUGAUUCAGAUGAAUCUUCAGGAAAAGAUUGGUCUGAUUUAGAAGAAGAGGCAGCUAAGCAUGAUAAACAAAGAGCUGUCAAAGAUGAAGAUGAGGAUGUUAGUAGAAAGAGGAAAGUACCUAGCAAAGGUUUUAAUUUUGGAGGUGCAGCUAAACGUAGAAGGUAA